AUGGUGCUCGGUUACGCGUUCCGGGAGCGUAUUUUGCUCGGACUGCAGGACCAGAUGUACCAGAGUCUGGACGUGUACGGGCGCCGCCGGAUGACGACCGUCUCGUGGGACAUGACGCAGGAGGAUCUGCAAUGUUGUGGCGUCGAGGACUAUCGUGAUUGGAACGACCGAAUCCCGGACUCGUGCUGCAUGGAUGACUACGGGGCUCGGAAGCGACCGUGCCAGCAGCUGCAGACCUCGCUGACAAUCUACCGGAUCGGAUGCUACGAAGCGACGGUGAAGGCGCUGAGAAACAAUAGUUUGCUGCUAGCGGGCGCGGUCUGUCUGCUGCUGGUGGCGAUUAUCCCGGCGACCAUCAUGGCUUACUAUAUGUUAACUACCAUCUAA